AUGACUGCUCAGAUUCCCGCCACCACCAAGCAAUGGACAGUUAGCUCUAUAGAUGGCAGCGAAGGCCUCGGUGCCCUCAAGCUCAACAAAGUGGCCGUUACUCCACCGGGCGACAGUCAAGUGUUGGUAAAAUUGGAGGCUGCAUCUCUCAAUUUUCGUGAUCUCAUCAUCCCUCUUGGCAAGUAUCCCUUUGCCGCCAAGAAGAACGUCAUUCCGGGCUCCGACGGCGCCGGCACCGUCAUCGCCGUCGGCAAGCGGGUGACUCGCUUCAAGCCGGGCGACAAGGUCAUCACGCUCUUCAACCAGGAGCACAUUGGCGGGCCCGUCGACUCGGUCAACGUGCUCAGCGGUCUCGGCGGCGCCAUUGACGGCGUGUUCCGCGCCGUUGGCGCCUUCAACGAGCAAGGGCUCGUGCACCGUCCCAGCAGCCUCUCGGCCGUCGAGGCCGCCACGCUGCCCUGCUCGGCGCUGACGGCCUGGAACGCCCUCUACGGGCAGACCGACGCCCAAAUCACCGCGGGCCAGUGGGUGCUCACGCAAGGGACCGGCGGCGUGAGCAUCUCGGCGCUGCAGUUUGCCAAGGCCGCCGGCGCCCGCGUCAUUGCCACGACGGGCUCCCGGGAUAAGGAGGCGACCCUGAAGAAGCUCGGCGCCGACCACGUCAUCAACUACAAGGAGACGCCCGACUGGGGCGCCAAGGCGCGCGAGAUUACCGGCGGCGUCGGCGUCGACCACGUCAUCGAGGUGGCCGGCCCGUCGUCCAUGCGCCAGAGCAUCAAGGCCAUCAAGAUUGCGGGCGUCAUUACCAUUAUCGGCUUCGUGGGCGGCGCAGAGGGCGAAAAGGAGCCGGGCUUCCUCGAGUGUCUCAACAACCUGUUUACCGCUCGCGGCGUGCUCGUCGGCAACAGAGUGCAGCUCGAGGACAUGUGCCGUGCCAUUGACGCCAACGCCGACCGUCUGCGGCCUGUAGUCGACUCCAAGGUUUUUGGUCUGGAACAGCUCAAAGAGGCAUACGAGUAUCUCCAGUCUGGCAAGCACUUUGGCAAGGUGUGCAUCAAGAUUGAUUAG